AUGUCGGUGGGCAAGCUCGUUCUCGGGGCGCUGAAAGAGGCUUUCCUCCUCUCGCCUCCCGAGAAGCAGCCCCAGGAGCCGCCCACGCUCGACGGGCCCAAUCGCAUACCCGGGUUCAGGCCCCCCAUCGACUGGCUCAACGCCGAGCUCGAGAGGCGGAACCCCCACGUGCAGCAGAGGCGAGAGGAGCUCGGUCUCGUGAGGGACGAGCAGACCCGGCAGUUACUCGCCUCGCCCGGACCCGCGGGACAGGCCACGCGCGGCGCCGACUUUCUCACCAGGCGCGAGGGGCGACACCACCCUUACGAUCGGAAGGGCGGCACCGCGGGCGACGGCGCGGCGGGCGCGACGAACAACGGCGGGGCGCCGUUCCGGACCCCCGGGCCGCGCGUGCAGAUCGACUUCGCCGGCGACGACCCCCUCACCACGGUCGUCACGAGGCCGCCCGUCACCUCCCACCGACCCGUCCUCGGCAGGCCCGGCUGGCACCACCAGCAGCAGCAGCAGCACCAGCAACACACGCGACCACUUCCAUCCACCGCCGGAGCCAACACAUCGUCAUCUCGGUGGACCGGCGCAGCCGCCGUCGGGUCGCAGCACAGGUACCCCAGCGCGACCAGGCACGGCGCGGGAACGUACCAGACCGCCGCGGACUUCGCCGCCUUCCUCGCGGUCCGGGAACGUGCCAACCAGCCCUCGCCCGACGCGAACGACGACGGCGACUCCACCUUUGAGCGCUCAGCGAUGAAGCAAGCCGCCGCCUCAUCCAUGAGGCGCGCCCAUGAGGAGACGGAGGAGGAUCGCGAGGAGCGACUCGCGAGGGAGGCCGCGGCAUCCUCCCCGGUCACCGACACCCUCCAGACCCGCAUGUUCACCGGACACUACGCCCACGGCCCCAGGCCGAUCACCCCGUUCUCCUCCCACGGGGCGUCGUCAGAGCGGGGCGCGGGCGGCGUCGGCGGCGAGAACGACGCGGUGAGAAACGCGUCAAUCAGGGAAGCCGCGGAGCGCACGUUCCGCGCGGGCGCCGAGCGCAUCGCGAGCGCCACGCCGGAUAUGGCCGCGCUCCACUCCCGCGCGGGGUUCAGGGCGGGGUACCACGUCGCCGCGGCGCAGGCGGCGGCGGCGUCGGGGGGGGCGGCCGGAUUGUUCGGGCCAAACAAAGGCUCAAAGGGCUCGAAGGCGCCAGCGGCGGGUGGGCUGUUCGGCGGCGCGCUCGCGCCGGCGCAGCUGGAGUUUAGGCGAUCGAGCGCGUGGAAGACGCUGGGUCUGGACGUGCGGGACGUGGACGCGUAUAAGAAGCUCGUGGAGGCGUCGAGCGCCGGGCGCAAUCGGCGGCGGCCGACGUCCGCGCCGCCCGACUCGGCUCGCAAGCAUCGGCGGGAGGAGGAGGAAGAGGAGGAGGUUCCUUCGGACGUUUUCGUCGUCGACGACGUCGGCGGCGCGCCUAAACCGGCCGCCGCCAAGGGACGCGGGAAGCCCAAGAAACCCGUGACGCAGUACAGGAUGAAGGCGCCGCCGGCAGCGGCCCCUGCCGUGCGCAGAACCUCGCUGGACUCCUUCGUGGAUGACUCGAUUGAAAAUCUCCGACGAUCCACCGCCGAGGCGGAGGGCGACGUCGCCCCGACGCCGACGGCCGUGCCCGUCCGAACCGCGCUCACGCCCUCGCAGCGGCGCGAGCUCGCGCUGGAGGUGAGGGCGGCGAACGCGAGCGUCCACGCCCCGGUCGACGUCGCGCAGGAGGCGGACCUCGAGAGGCAGAUAGCCGAGAUGGAGAUUGUCGCGAGGGACCUGGAGUCGCGGCGCGCCGAGCUCAAGUCCCCUAAACCAGCCCUCUCGGACCUCGAGGCUGGUCCGAGCGCGGCGGACAUCGAAGCGAUGGAGGCGGAGCUCACGCGGCCCAUCAGCGCGGCGCAGGCGGACGCCAUCGAGCGCGCGCACGCCCCGGGUCCGCCGUCGGAGGUGAUCGCCUCCGGGACGUUCACCGGUCAGGGCGCGCUGGAGAUGACGCGGAAGGACGUGGCGACGAUGGCGACGGGCGAGUGGCUGAACGACGAGAUGGUGAACUUCACGAUCGGCACGAUGGCGGAUCGCGAGAUGGCGAGGUGCGGCGGAGACCAACCGCGGGUUCACUUCUUCAACACGUUCUUCGUGGGGAAGCUGACGGAUGGGGGCGACGGGUACAACUACGGCGCGGUGCGGCGCUGGACGACGAAGAAGAAGCUCGGGUACGACGUCCUCGAGUGCGACAAGGUGAUCAUCCCGGUCCACCAGGGCAUCCACUGGGUCCUCGCCGUCAUCGACCUCGCCGCCAAGUGCGUCAGGUUCUACGACUCCCUGCUCGGCGACGAUAAAGGGCUCGUCGAGGACUUGUUACGGUGGGUGCGCGACGAGUGGAAAAACAAAAAGGAUGCCGACGUCGACACCGAGUCGUGGUCCGUGGAGAUCCCCAAGGACAUCCCGCGGCAGAUGAACGGGUGCGACUGCGGGGUGUUCAUGCUCAAGUACGCGGACUACAUCGCGACGGGGUGCCCCCUCACGUUCCACCAGCGCGACAUGGAGUAUUUUCGGCGAAGGAUCGUCGCCGACGCCAUGGAGAAGGGCAACUGA